AUGCCGAAGCCACGACACGAGAUUUGGAAGUUGUUCACCGAGACCGUGCCGCGAGUUAUGGGGCAAAAAGAUCACCCUGCCGCACAAUCAAUUGUUCCCAACUCCUUGCUCUUCGCCGGCCACCCGCAGCGCUCGCAAAACACCACGUUCGGCUGGGGCCCAAGCAUCAACGCCGCUCUCCGCCAGCAAAAAGAUGAGGUUGAGCAGACUGUUGGUCGUGCCGAACUGGAUGAAGCAGAUCGAGUGUUCAGUGAUGCUACCUUCUGGAACAAAGCGGAAGCAGCCCUCGAGCUUCUCAAACCGGUCAAUGCUUCACUGUCUGUAUUUGAACGCGACGAGUCCAGCUUCUCCACAAUCUUCAACACAUUUGAUACUUAA